AUGUCGGCAUACGAUAGACAUCACAAUAGCAACGUACUCGCGUCGCAUCAUGUUAACGCGGAUGCCUCCCACCAAGGGAGGCGAACAUGGGACUCGGCCAUUGCGGACGAUGAUCGCAAUCAUACUCCGAGGAAGAGGGCUAGGUUGAACGAGUCCGGUAAUGGAGAUAGCGAUUCUUCGACCGGAGUUCUAAAACUGUUGUCGCAUGAUGCGUAUACUGUCGGAUGGGUCGCGGCUCUUCCCAUCGAGAUGGCCGCUGCGCAAGCGAUGCUCGACAACGUCCAUCUGCCUCUAUCGAUGAACCCAAACGACAGCAACGUCUAUGCCUUUGGCAACAUAGGAAACCACAACAUUGUCAUCGCAUGCCAGCCAUCAGGGCAGUACGGCAUCACCAGUGCCGCAUUAGUUGCAAACAACAUGCGUUGGAGCUUUCCCUCAAUCAAAAUACGACUCAGGGUCGGUAUCGGUGGCGGUGUGCCCGAUAAAGUUGACAUCCGACUCGGCGAUGUCGUGGUCAGCAAUCCGACUGCGGCUUGUCCUGGAGUCAUUCAGUACGACUUUGGGAAAACUGUUCAGGCAGGUCGUUUCCAACUUUCAGGAACACUAAACAAGCCUCCACACGACGUUCUUGCCGCAGUCGCCAAGUUGCGAGCCGACCAUCAGCUGUCUCCUAGUCGAAUGCCAGAAUUUCUCGCAGGCAUGAGAGAACGAAACAUCAUGAUGGAUGCGUACACAUACCGCGGAGCUGGACAGGACCGACUUUAUAGAGCCACAUAUGAUCACGUUGGGGAGAGCUGCGACGACUGCGAUUUGUCACAGCUGGUGAUACGGGGCCCUAGGUCCAACAACUACCCGAAGAUUCACUACGGUGUCAUUGCAUCCGCAAAUCAGGUCAUGAAACAUGGGCAGACGCGGCAUCGUCUCGCACAUGAGCUUGAGGUUCUCUGCUUCGAGAUGGAAGCGGCCGGCCUGAUGGAUAGCUUUCCAUGCCUAGUCAUUAGGGGGAUCUGUGAUUAUUCAGAUUCACACAAGGCCAAGCAAUGGCAAGAGUAUGCUGCGGCGACCGCAGCAGCCUAUGCAAAGGAGCUCCUUUCUGUCUUUCCGUCCGAAGAAAUCCACCAGGACUCCAUGGCGGAUGUCAAUAUAGUAUCCUCUCACGAAACGUCGCUAUUCGAUCAUCGGAAUGAUUUCCUUGAAACCUUGAGAUUUGAAGAAAUAGACAGUCGACAUUCAACCAUCAAAUCUGCGUAUACCAAAACAUGUCAAUGGCUGCUGAAGCAUCCUGACUACAUUCGCUGGCUAGAUGACAAAAGUUUCGCCAGUCACCAUGGCAUCCUUUGGAUUCGGGGAAAGCCAGGAGCAGGAAAAUCUACCCUUAUGAAAUAUGCCUACUCGCGUGCAGGGCAGAAGGCAACAAAAGAUGCUGCCACGAUAUCCUUCUUCUUCAACGCCAGAGGAGGUUUGCUUGAGAAAUCGACUGAAGGAAUGCACAGAUCUCUUCUACUUCAAUUAUUAGAGAAAAUUCCCGAGUUACAGGAAGUGCUAGACAAUGCAGAUUGUAGAGCGUUCCUCCGAAAAGACUCGGGCUCCUGGGAUCUGUCUGUAUUGCGAAAACUCUUCUCGACGGCAGUAUCAAAGCUCGACCAACGACGAGUCACAUGCUUCAUUAAUGCCCUCGACGAGUGCGACGAGAGCGAAGUCAGACAGCUACUAGACUUUUUUGAAGACUUAGGACAAUGUGCUGUCCAAAACAACAUCGGGUUCUAUGUUUGCUUUUCCAGCCGCCAUUACCCCCGUAUGGACGUUGUCUACGGUAUCCGAUUCACCUUAGAAAAUCAACCAGGCCAUGAGCAGGACCUGAAAAAGUACGUGCGAAGCAAGCUCAGAACCGAGACAAAAACGCAGGCGGAUGAGCUCACGGAAGAGAUACUUCGGAAAGCGUCCGGGGUUUUCAUGUGGGUAGUGUUGGUCGUCGACAUUCUCAAUCAGGAAUUUCAAGAUGGCCGUAUUUUUGCGGUGAAAAAGAGACUUCAACAGAUACCUCCAGAGUUGAGUAAUCUGUUCAAAAAUAUCUUGAUGAGAGACGAGAAGAAUAUGGGAGAGCUUCUAUUGUGCAUUCAGUGGUUACUUUUCGGCAAGCGCCCUCUGAAGCCUGAAGAGUAUUACUUCGCACUGGUGGCUGGCAUUGAUUCUGAUAGUCUUUGCGGGUGGAAUCGAGAGAAAAUCUCGACAGAUUCCAUGAAUCACUACGUGGUCAGUUCCUCGAAAGGGCUUGCUGAAACAACGAAAUCAAAGAAAUCGACAGUUCAGUUUAUCCACGAAUCGGUACGGGAUUUCCUUCUCAAGGAAGACGGCCUCAAGUCUUUGUGGCCGGAACUUGGGGACAACCCUGAAGGCAGAAGCCAUGAACGACUCAGGGAUUGCUGCCAUGCCUAUAUGGGAGUCUACAAUUAUCCAUAUAUUUCGGAUGACGACUUCUUUCUAGAUAAGGACACUGAUUCGGCAAAGGGCCUCAAGUUAGACGCUACUCGGAAGUUCCCAUUCCUCGAUUACUCCACGAACCACGUUCUAUAUCAUUGCGAUGCUGUGGAACGGAUGAGACUUCCCCAGGAAUCAUUCUUUCGAAAGUUUCAACUACUAGACUGGAUUCGGCUCCACAACCUACUUGAACAGUUCAAAACACGACGAUACAACAUCUCAACAACUGCCUCGUAUAUUUUCGCGGAGCUUGGAAUGGCAUCACUUGUCGAUAUGCUGCUUCGUCAGAAAGAUACACCGCUUCAUCAGAAGGACAUGCUACCUCAUCAGAAUGAGAAGCGAAGCCAGAAUUCAUCCCAGCGGUUCUCGUCGCCUUUCCAUGCAGCCGUUCACUUAGGCCAUACCACUACGGUACAAGUUUGGAUGCGUCAUAUUGUGUUAGGAAAUGUUUCAGAAUCGCCUCAGCAGAUGGAAAGCGCUCUCAUGACAGCAGUAGAGAAACAGCAUACCGGCAUUGUAGAGCUGUUGCUUGAUGCAGGAGUCAAUCCCAACACGAAAGACAAAUAUCAAAAUCCCUUGCUUUUGAAAGCUGCCGGAACGAACUUCCAGAUCACCAGGCUUCUUCUUUCAAAGCACGUCUCUACAAAACAACAUCAGGAUGUGCGGCAUUCGCGCUUGUCCUCAGCAACACCUGCUGAAGGAGACUGGAGACAUGCUUGCCAACGCCAAGAGGCAGAUGUUAACCAGAGGAAUAUCAGCGGUGAGAAUGCGUUGUUCAGGGCUUGUGAUAAUAACCAAGUUGCAACAGCCAGGUUACUGCUGGAAAACGGUAUCGACCCCGAUGCAGUCUCCACAUACUCGGAGUCGCCUUUGAAUUUGGCUAUUCACGAGGACCAAAACUUUGUGAAGCUUCUGAUUGAUGGGGGCGCGAAUGUUAAUUUGGUUGGCCCCGGUCGUUUCAGAUCUCCCUUACACCACGCUGUUGAAGUUGGCGAGUAUGAUGUCGUCAAGUUUCUGAUCGAGAGAGGUGCAGACGUCAAUCUAGCCGGCGGCCAGCAAACGCCUCCUUUGCACCGAGCCAUUAAAUUUGAUCAGGGAGAUAUCGCCGAGCUUCUGAUCGAGGCAGGCGCAGAUGUCAAUCUAGUUAACCACAUUUCCAUGCCUCCUUUACACUAUGCCAUCGAAGCUAAUCAUGGACGUAUGGUCGAGCUUCUGAUUGAGAGAGGUGCCGACGUCAUUCUGGCCCGCCGCAAUUGGAAGCCUCCUUUACACUACGCCAUUGAAGUCGAUAAGGCAAACAUCGUCGAGCUUCUAAUUGAGAGAGGUGCAGACGUCAAUCUGAUCAGCCACGUUCAAUCUCCUCUACAUUACGCAGUUCAACUUGACAGAAUGGACAUUGUCGAGCUUCUUGUUAAAGGGGGCGCGGAUAUCAAUCUGGUUGACCAAAACCUUAAAUAUUGUCCUCUGGAGUACGCGAUUAAAACCGACAGGCAGCAUAUCGUCGAGCUUCUGCUCGAUAUGGACACCAAAGUCAACGGCAUUUUGUACCAAGCCAUCAUUUUCAGAGCCAAACGAGUAAUCAGAGUCCUCGUCGAAAACAAGUCCAUCACCAGGGAUUGCAGAGACAACCGGGAUCUCACUUAUCUCAAAUACGCUAUGGAUAAUGGGAAGGUCAUCCUUGAGGUCAAGGCGAGCCAACUUCAUUGCGACCGAGAUCAUCAGCUUCUCUGCUCUCUACUAGAAGCAAUCACAUCAAGAGAUGAAGUGUCCAUCCAGAACAUUCUCGACCAAGGAGUGGACAUAAAUCAAUUUUGUUGCUUCAUCAGUCCUCUUUACCUGUCCGUACUCACUGGUCAACCCACCAUCGUCAGGAUGCUCCUGGAGAAGGGUGCGAGUGCUCGGUAUGGGGAUUGGAAAGGCCCAACCGCCCUUCGUCUUGCUGUCCACAGGGGAGACCCGGCUCUAGUGCAAUAA